UGUGCGUUGCCAGGGGUAGCGCAGGUAGCCAAAGUGGCUCGCGGGGAAGCGGCUGUAGCUGAGGCGGGUAGGAGGGGUCCGAGGCGUGAGGGAAGUCGCGAUGCGGGCCGUGUUGACGUGGAGAGAUAAAGCCGAGCAGUGUAUAUAUGACCUCGCAUUUAAGCCUGAUGGAACCCAACUGAUUUUGGCUGCAGGAAACAGAUUACUGGUUUAUGACACUUCUGAUGGCACCUUACUUCAGCCCUUAAAGGGACACAAAGAUACUGUUUACUGUGUGGCAUACGCGAAGGAUGGCAAGCGCUUUGCUUCUGGAUCAGCUGACAAAAGCGUUAUUAUCUGGACGUCAAAAUUGGAAGGCAUUCUGAAGUACACGCACAAUGAUUCUAUCCAAUGUGUCUCCUACAACCCUGUUACCCAUCAGCUGGCAUCUUGUUCCUCCAAUGACUUUGGCUUGUGGUCUCCUGAACAGAAGUCUGUCUCCAAGCACAAAUCCAGCAGCAAGAUUACCUGCUGCAGCUGGACAAAUGAUGGACAGUACCUGGCUCUGGGGAUGUUCAAUGGGAUCAUCAGCAUACGGAACAAAAAUGGCGAGGAGAAAGUGAAGAUUGAGCGGCCAGGGGGCUCCCUCUCCCCCAUAUGGUCCAUCUGCUGGAACCCUUCAAGCCGAUGGGAGAGUUUCUGGAUGAACAGAGAGAACGAGGAUGCUGAGGAAGUCAUUGUCAACAGAUAUUUUCAGGAAAUCCCUUCUUCUCUGAAGUCAGCAGUGUACAGUAGUCAGGGUAGUGAGGCAGAGGAGGAAGAGCCAGAGGAAGAAGACGACAGUUCCAGGGACGACAACUCAGAGGAACAUAAUGAUAUCCUGGCUGUAGCUGAUUGGGGACAGAAACUUUCUUUCUACCAACUGAGUGGAAAACAGAUUGGAAGGGAUCGGUCACUGAACUUUGACCCCUGCUGCAUCAGCUACUUUACUAAAGGGGAGUACAUUUUGUUGGGGGGAUCAGACAAGCAAGUGUCCCUUUUCACCAAGGAUGGAGUGCGGCUUGGAACUGUUGGGGAGCAGAACUCCUGGGUGUGGACGUGUAAAGUAAAACCUGAUUCCAACUAUGUGGUGGUAGGCUGCCAGGAUGGCACCAUUUCCUUCUACCAGCUUAUUUUCAGCACAGUCCAUGGGCUCUACAAGGACCGGUAUGCCUACAGGGAUAGCAUGACUGAUGUCAUCGUGCAACACCUGAUCACCGAGCAGAAAGUUCGGAUUAAAUGCAAAGAGCUUGUCAAGAAAAUUGCCAUCUACAAAAAUCGAUUAGCUAUCCAACUGCCAGAGAAAAUCCUUAUCUAUGAGUUGUAUUCAGAUGACUCGUCAGACAUGCAUUACAGAGUGAAGGAGAAGAUUGUCAAGAAGUUCGAAUGCAACCUCUUGGUGGUGUGUGCUGACCACAUCAUCCUCUGCCAGGAGAAACGGCUGCAGUGCCUGUCCUUCAGUGGAGUGAAGGAGCGGGAGUGGCAGAUGGAGUCGCUCAUUCGCUACAUCAAGGUGAUUGGUGGCCCUCCAGGAAGGGAAGGUCUGUUAGUGGGCCUGAAGAAUGGACAGAUCCUGAAGAUUUUUGUGGACAAUCUCUUUGCAAUCGUCCUGCUGAAGCAGGCCACAGCUGUGCGCUGCUUGGACAUGAGUGCCUCCCGCAACAAACUGGCUGUGGUGGAUGAAAACGACACAUGCCUGGUGUAUGACAUCCACACCAAGGAAUUGCUUUUUCAGGAACCGAAUGCCAACAGCGUGGCCUGGAACACCCAGUGUGAGGACAUGCUCUGUUUCUCAGGAGGAGGCUACCUCAACAUCAAAGCCAGCACCUUCCCCGUGCACCAGCAGAAGCUGCAGGGCUUCGUGGUCGGCUACAACGGCUCCAAGAUCUUCUGCCUCCAUGUCUUCUCCAUGUCGGCCGUGGAGGUGCCGCAGUCUGCUCCGAUGUACCAGUACUUGGAUAGGAAAAUGUUUAAAGAAGCCUACCAAAUUGCUUGCUUGGGUGUGACAGACACUGAUUGGCGUGAGCUGGCCAUGGAAGCUUUAGAAGGAUUAGAAUUCGAAACAGCAAAGAAGGCCUUCACCAGAGUACAAGACCUCCGAUAUUUGGAGCUCAUCAACAGCAUUGAGGAGAGGAAGAAGCGAGGAGAGACCAACAAUGACCUGUUUCUGGCAGAUGUGUUUUCCUAUCAGGGGAAGUUCCAUGAGGCAGCCAAACUGUACAAGAGGAGCGGGCACGAGAACCUCGCACUCGACAUGUACACUGACCUCCGCAUGUUUGAGUAUGCCAAGGAUUUCCUUGGAUCUGGAGACCCCAAAGAAACAAAGAUGCUAAUCACCAAACAGGCUGACUGGGCUAGAAACAUCAACGAGCCCAAAGCCGCUGUGGAGAUGUAUAUCUCAGCGGGAGAGCAUGUCAAGGCCAUAGAGAUCAGUGGCGACCAUGGCUGGGUUGACAUGUUGAUCGACAUUGCCCGUAAGCUGGACAAGGCCGAGCGGGAGCCCCUGCUGAUGUGUGCUCACUACUUCAAGAAGCUGGAUAACCCUGGCUAUGCUGCUGAGACCUACCUGAAGAUUGGUGACCUGAAGUCCUUGGUUCAGCUGCAUGUGGAGACCCAGCGCUGGGAUGAGGCCUUUGCUUUGGGUGAGAAGCAUCCUGAAUUUAAGGAUGACAUCUACGUGCCCUAUGCGCAGUGGCUAGCAGAGAAUGACCGUUUUGAGGAAGCCCAGAAAGCAUUCCACAAGGCCGGGCGGCAGGAGGAGGCGGUCAGGGUGCUGGAGCAGCUCACACACAAUGCCGUGGUAGAGAGCAGAUUUAAUGACGCUGCCUAUUAUUACUGGAUGCUGUCCAUGCAGUGCCUCAAUAUAGCUCAAGAUCCUGCCCAGAAGGAUGUGAUGCUCAGCAAGUUCCACCACUUCCAGCACUUGGCUGAGCUGUACCACGGCUACCACGCCAUUCACCGGUACACGGAGGAGCCUUUCAGUUUCCACCUUCCCGAAACCCUCUUCAACAUCUCCAGGUUCCUGCUGCACAGCCUGACCAAGGACACCCCCUUGGGCAUCUCUAAAGUGAAGACACUCUUCACUCUAGCCAAGCAAAGCAAGGCACUAGGUGCCUACAAGCUAGCCCGGCAUGCCUACAACAAGCUGCAGGGCCUGCGGAUCCCCACCAGGUUCCAGAAAUCCAUCGAGCUAGGCAGCCUGACCAUCCGUUCCAAGCCCUUCCAUGACAGCGAGGAGCUAGUGCCCUUGUGCUACCGCUGUUCCACCAACAACCCAUUGCUAAACAACCUGGGCAACGUUUGCAUCAAUUGCCGCCAGCCCUUCGUCUUCUCUGCCUCUUCCUACGAGGUGCUGCACCUGGUGGAGUUCUACCUGGAGGAGGGGAUCACUGACGAAGAAGCCGUCUCCCUCAUCGACCUGGAGGCACCAAGACACAAGCGCGAGAACAAAUGGCAGGAGAUCACGAGCAACAAUUCCCAGACCCUGAGGCUGGAUGAGACCAUGGACUCCAUGGGAGAUGAUGACCCGUUCACAGCAAAGCUGAGCUUUGAGCAAGGUGGCUCAGAGUUUGUUCCCGUGGUGGUGAGCCGGUCAGUGCUGCGCGCCAUGAGCCGUCGGGACGUCCUCAUCAAACGCUGGCCCCCACCCCUGCAGUGGCAGUACUUCCGCUCGCUCCUCCCUGAUGCCUCCAUCACCAUGUGCCCCUCCUGCUUCCAGAUGUUCCACUCAGAGGACUACGAGCUGCUGGUGCUUCAGCACACCUGCUGCCCCUACUGCCGGAGGCGCAUCGAUGACCCCAGCCCCCAUGGGGACAGCCGGAGGUGCUGGAGUCCAGGGAGCUCACCAACCCUGCAUGAGAAGCCCCUGAUCCGUCCGUCCCUGCGGCCUGCGCCCUUCGCCCUCCACUCUGCUUGCCCAGGAGACAUUGGUACUUUACAGGGCAUCUGUGAAGUGGGCAGAGCAAGGCAAAUGUACCCAUUGGAGAGAAGACGACAGGCCCCAGAGGGGAGUGGCUGCAGAGGCCACCCAGCGCACAAAAAGCUGCGCACGCCUCUCAACUACAUCCUGCUCAACCUGGCUGUGGCCGACCUCUUCAUGGUCUUCGGCGGCUUCACCACCACCCUCUACACCUCUCUGCACGGAUACUUUGUCUUCGGGCCCACGGGAUGCAAUGUGGAGGGCUUCUUUGCCACUCUGGGCGGUGAAAUUGCACUGUGGUCCUUAGUGGUCCUGGCCAUUGAGCGGUACGUGGUGGUGUGUAAGCCCAUGAGCAACUUCCGCUUCGGGGAGAACCACGCCAUUAUGGGCGUCGCCUUCACCUGGGUCAUGGCACUGGCCUGUGCUGCACCCCCCCUCGUCGGCUGGUCCAGGUACAUCCCAGAGGGCAUGCAGUGCUCAUGCGGGAUUGACUACUACACUCUCAAGCCAGAGGUCAACAAUGAAUCCUUCGUCAUCUAUAUGUUCGUGGUCCACUUCACCAUCCCCUUGAUCAUCAUCUUCUUCUGCUACGGGCAGCUGGUCUUCACAGUCAAGGAGGCAGCUGCCCAGCAACAGGAGUCAGCCACCACCCAGAAGGCCGAGAAGGAGGUCACGCGCAUGGUCAUCAUCAUGGUCAUUGCUUUCCUGAUCUGCUGGGUGCCCUAUGCCAGUGUGGCAUUCUACAUCUUCACUCACCAGGGCUCCAACUUUGGCCCCAUCUUCAUGACCCUCCCGGCCUUCUUUGCCAAGAGCGCCGCCAUCUACAACCCCGUCAUCUAUAUCAUGAUGAACAAGCAGUUCCGGAACUGCAUGAUCACCACCCUCUGCUGCGGCAAGAACCCGCUGGGUGACGACGAGGCCUCCACCACUGCCUCCAAGACGGAGACCAGCCAGGUGGCACCAGCCUAAGGCCUGCCAAGGACUCUGUGGCCACUCUAGGAGCCUCCCAUCCCCCACACCCACCCACAGCCACUGCCGCCCCACCAGGAGCCAUGCCUGUCGGAACCAGGUCCCAUAGGCUCCCUGAAUUUAAACAAAUAAUAAUAAUAAUAAUUAAUGAGAGAAAAAUGAGGCUCCCCUCUUGGCCGGGACGGCCCAAUCUGGAGCCCUGAGUUCCCAGGGGCCAGUGGGAUCUGUACCCCUCUUCCCCCCAGCUCAUCUCUCAGGAACACAGAACUGUUGCUCUCUGGGAAAGUGUCCCAGCUUAGGGAUAAGUGUCUAGCGCAGACUGGGGCACACAGUAGUGCUUAAUAACUGCUAGAUGGAUGAGGGAAGGGAUGAAUGGAGGCAUGAAUGAAGGGAUGAAUGGGCAGGGAGAGCGUACCUGUCCUCUCAAACCCACCUUCCCAGCAGCGGCUCAUCCUCCACUGCUGACCCUGAGCAAUCGGCUCCCUCCUGAGGCCUCACCUUCUUCCCCUAUAAAAUAGAUAUCCCGGAUCCCCAGCCCUGCCGACACAUGGCUGCUGUGAAGAUCAAGUGAGGGUGUGUGUGUGUGUGUGUAAGCACUUUGUAAGUGGUAAGGAGCUGUACAGACUGUAGUUAACGUUAUGAAUAAUAUCAAAGUUAAUUAGUUACUAUGAUCAUCUCCUCUUGAUAGCGACCAUUUUGAGAUUAGGCAAUGCUCCAAGCAUCCAGCCUCAGCAGCAUUUUAAAAGUUAGCCAGGCGUCAAGGCCAGACCAGGGCUGGGGUUGGGCUGCAGGAAGGGACAGUGGAAGGAAGGCAGAAGACAGUCAUCAGGUCUGAAAACACAACACCAGGGCACUGGAGUCUGGGGUCAAAGCCCCGCCCUGGAGCCCCCUCUUCCCAAUGCAGCCUUUAAAGAGACAGGCCUUUCUCUCAGCUUCUGGAAACCGCUCCCUCUCCUGCCCAGCACCUGGGCCACAGCAUCUCUGAGCCAGUAUACAGCUUCUAGAAGCCAUGCUCAUCUGCCUACAUUUAAUGAAGAGCUGAAUCCCUAAUGUCGCCCUUGUCUCGAAGAGCUUAGAAACAAAGAGUGGGAAACAAAGAAUGUUCACAGGUCCCCGAGUCCAGCUCCCUCGCUGAGCCUGUCUUCAGUGGCUGCAGUCCAUUCUCCUGUCUGGAACUCGGGGGCGUCAGAAUUGAGCUGCCACAGUAACUGCCCCCUCCUUCGCCACAGCACCAAAGCCAGAAGCUCCAUCCCUCCCAGCUCUGCCUGAGACUAAGGCAAAUUGGGGCAUUAAAAGCUCAGCUCCUAGACCUGGUGUUAAUGGUGGCGGUUUUUGUCAUUCUCAAGCUCUUUAUCCACAGGAUGGAUUGAAACCGGCCAGCAUCCACCUUGUCUCUGACGCUGGGAUGCCUGGUGUGAACGACUGGCAGACCCCCUGGGGAUGUGGGAUAAAGGGAGCAAGCUUGGGAAUGGGAAAAGCCCCAACUUUGGAGUCACAGAGAUCCAGGUGACCUGUGAAACUGCAAGCAAGCUUUGUCACCUCUCUGAGCCUCCUUA